CCGCGCGAAACCGCUCCCGCGUAGACGUGUAUACAGCGGGGGGCUAGGCCGCGGAGAUGCCUAGUGUCUCCGCGGAGCCGCGGGCGGUCAGCUCGAUCCGGCUGCGACGACAUCGAGGCCUGAAAUCGAGGUUUCGCACCGAAGACCGGGAACAGCGGUUAGCGCGCGCGCACGCGAUAGUAUGACGCUGUCCUCGUUCGAGAGUGUCGCGGUUCUUGGGAUAGCCCCGGCGGCUCGCGGAGCUACGCCCGGACGACGAGCGUGUACGUAGUCGGCGGUGGAGCGAUACCGUCUACGUUAUCCCGUUCUUCCCCUGUUUUACCCUCGACGUAUCGAGCGCGGCAGUGGCGGUGGUGGUGGUGGCAGCUGUGGUGGUGGCGGCAGCAGCAGUUGGCGGCGGCGGCGGUGGUGGUAUUGGUGAUGAUGAUGAUGAGGAUCUUUCGCGCCACCUGGUAUAAUCGUGUCGGCGUACAAAGUGAAACGUCGUCGUCGUCGUCGUCGUCGUCGUCGUCCUCGUCGUCAAGGGAAAGCGUGAAAACUGCAAAAGUCAGCGCGAGCACCGACUAGGGGGACAACUUUCCCGUGUGCCGAUCGCAUCGCGCGAUCGUCCACAAUUCCGCUGAUACGUCAUCCUCGUCUUCGUCUUCUUCCUCCCGCUCCUCCGCCCGUCGUGUAACAUGGAUCGCGCGCGGUACCGUCGGCGGUGCUCGUAGGUGGACGGGCUGCUGGUGCUGCUGCUGCUGCUGCUGCAUGCUAUAACCUCAACGGGAGGAUACACUGUGGCGUGUCGGAACGCCUCAGCUGUGCCGCGAGAUGUGAUUUCGCGCGACCUACUCAAGGGCGAACCCUCUCGAGCGUCGAGGAUGAGGAACGGCUUCACCGACAUACCGGUCGCGAGUGCCGACAGCAGCACGGACGCCAUAUGGCUCGAGAAAAGCAGUCCGUCGCGGAUGGCACCCGAGCGAAUGUCACUCAAUUUCGAGAAAGUUGUCGUUAAGCAAGAACGUCCAGACGAUGCGGAAAUCCGUGAACUGGCUGCCAAAAUGGUGGAAGCACACAAGGCGAAAAUGCUGGCGAGCAUGCCAGCGGUGCAACAGCAACAACAGAGGCAGCAGUGCCUCGUACCGCAGCCUAAUCUACCCGGUAUUCUUGGAUACCUGAACAAACGGCCAACCGACGGGCAGUCCGCUCCAAAACCGCCGACGGGUAAUUUGGAAAGUAAAGUGCCGACACCCGACGACGAUAGUCAGAGAGGACGAUUCGGUUGGACGAGCUUCGACGAAUGUCACAUACCUUAUAUAUUUCGCUCCGGCGAAAAGUAUUGCGCCGUACGCAUCCUAGAGUCUAAGCUUCUCAACAAGUACCUGAGCUUUCUUCAUUCGGACAUCUACAGUUGCACAUGUAUAAGGAGUUACUACAUCACGGAGGCCGAGAGCAAGUUGUUCAACGAGAUCAACACCAAGCACUGCGAGAAUCAGUUCGGAAGGGACGCGUUUACGUGCAAAGACCUGGUGGUGCGUCUCUCGGACGCCAAGGAGUUUUAUACAUUUCUCGAUGUGUGUUACACCAAACUGACCGCCGGUACCAAUCCGAGUGUGACCAGCGGACGCAAGGCGGAGAAAUGUGGUUUCAUACGAAUAAACAAAGAAUCCGUGGUACCUUACACGGUAAAGGACGGUCUACAGUAUGUGCCGCUGUUUUAUUUCGAGGGCGAGACGGAAAAUCUCAAGCUGAAGGCGGAAAAGCUCGAGGGCUGGGAUUUGUCCUACUUGAAGUUUUGCUGCAAGGUACAGGGUAUACGUAACGAACUGUUCGCGAGUGAAACGUGUUCGGUGAUUAGUCUGAGUGAUAUUAAGAGUUACUUUCCACCGGGUACCGGCUUCGAGGACUACUGGCCGACCAAGGUUAUGGACUCGCAGUUACUGGUGAACAGCAACGGCGGUGGUUCCGGCGGUGGAUGGACGAAACAACCGCCUACACCGCCGGCGACCAAGCCUCCCUCCGUGCAGAGCGUGAGUAAAGUGGUACCACCUUUAAACGCUCGUGCCACCGUACCGAUACCUAACAUAAUGCCACGGGGAGCUGUCGUCAGCACGGCACCGCAGAUGCCGCGAAUAGGGCAGCCGAGACCCGUGUCGACAACGCAUCCCGCGCAUUCUUCCCCAUCGGGACUUCCCGUCAGUAGAUCGAGCAUAGUGUCGCAGCCUAUGAUGAAUAACGUUCAAGGUGUGGUGAACGGCUGGUCGGGUCUCGUCGGCGGUCAACCUACCUUUCAAACGUCACUCGGCUCUCAGGCUAGCAUUAUACGAGCGACUCUGAAUAAUGUGAUGCACAACCAACAAAUGACCGCUGCUCCCAAAACCUAUCCUCAACAGUCUAGAAGUAGAGCGAGUAAUAGUGGAGCAGCAGCUCAGUAUCCUGUAUACCCGACGACAACCAUGCCAGGAGUUGUUCAAGCCCAACCACCGCCUCUUAUACGAGCAACUGUUCACUCCAAUCUUUAUCCCACCUAUGGGAAGGAUGACUGGGUGACCACUACGUAUACAACACCUACGUUAGGUGUACCUAACGCAGUCACAGGAACGACAUAUCCACAGAUGCUUGGUUUAAGCGAACAAGUCCAAGCUUUAAUGCCAGUACCUACAUCUACGCCAAAUUUAUUACAUCCACAAAGGCAUACACCAUCUGUGCAUAACACAUCUCAUGCAAAAUACCCACCUCCUCUGAUACCAGUCAAUGGUAGCAGCGGCAGCAGCGGCAGUUCCAGGGAUUCCCGAGGGAGGAAACCAUUGAUACCAAUAUCGGAACCACAUAUAUCUUCUUGUCAUGUACAACCAUACCAAAUACAAAAAGCGCUAAUUGAAGAAAAGAUGGUACCCUGUAUUAAUUUCAAACCUUAUAUCUAUACUGAAUUGUUGAUGACACUUCCCGACUUUGUUUCCAAUUUUUUUCCUGCCUGUGACAUCGAGAGUUGUAGACAAGUCCUUACAGAUGUGCUACAUAUAGACUUAUAUCAAGGAAAUGGGCUACAAAUGAAGAUGUUAAUGGAAGCAGGCAAAUGUUCUUCGCAUACAGAAGAUCUACCUUUAAUCCAAGUUAGGAGUAUAAUGAAAUACAUGCCACAAUUCAAGUAUAUGUUCAAUAGAGGAGAUAUGGUCAUGCCUUCCCCAGCUCAUUCGUCUGAAGAGCACCCAUCUAAAAAGCGUCAACGUACCAGCUAGGAUUGGCUACAGCCUUACUGGCCUACUUAUGAUUAUUACCAUUCGGCAUUCUAAAGCCGAUAUCGAUGGUCUCAUCGAUAUUCCCGUCAUUGUGUUUUGGAACGCCUUUAAGAGAGAUAGGCGUAUCUAAAACAAAAGAUAAUUCGCGUAUGAUGCGCGAUAAAACGUACAUUGACUGAUGCUUCAAGUGUAAAGUGAUAGUGGUGAGCUAUUUCUUUCUCCAAAGUGUAUCGAAGAGGACACGACUGUAAAUAAAAUUAAAACGUGUAAAAUUAAAAUAUGGUUGACAAUUCAGAUCUGCUUUCUACGUAGAAAGAUUUACUUCAACGGUCGACAUUAGAUAUGAAUAACUCUGCCAAAUUUUUGUAUCGACUCUUACUAUCUCCUUCUUGCAUCAUUUAUAACGAGCCAGAUGUGUGUAAAUAAAAGGUGUGCUUUAUCUCGGAAGAGGCGAUACGCAUACGAUAGAAUUGCUAUCUUCUGCCAAAUUAUCAUCGAAUUUUUUUUCGGUGCGGUCCUUAUUAGAAUAAAGCGUCUUGGUUGUGCGUGUUUGUCGGUUGCCAAGAUGCGAGCAACAAGGAUAGUGAACGUCGACACGAGAAUCGGGUCGAAAGUUUCAUUUGAUGCCGACCAUUGAUUUAUUUUCAUUUUCGAGAGACCUGUUAUAUAAUAUAAAGAUCACCCUAUAUUGUCGCAGGAUAAAAUAGACCUAAGAUAAAAAAUGAUCUUAUUUUCAAGUUAAAUGUAUUCUAUCAUUCCACACACAUUACAUAUACUCUUUCGUCUCUUCCCCUUCCACGUACGCGCGCGCGCAUACACACACACACACACACAAACACAAACACGCGUGCAACAUAACAAAUAUUUAUUUCUACCUCUUUGCACAACAGUGAAUACUAUUCUUUUCGACUUCGUGCUCUAUAAUGUUUCUUGUUAUAUAUUAGUAUCUUGCGUAUAUGAAAAAAAAAGUGAAAGUUCUGUUUUAAAGUAAAUUCGGAGAAAGAAAAUGCUGUUAUCCCAUUUGUAAAUUGGCAUAACGUGCUAUAGAGUUAUUCAUAAUGAAUAACCUAUUUUGCAUAUUAAAUGUAUAUCAAUAAAAAAGCGAAAAAUGGAAGUAAAGCUUCUUCAAGUUCCUAGCUAUUAUUAGUGCGUAUCCUGAUAACUAGCUACAAGCUAAUUUAAAAGCGUUAGGCCAUUCAUUUAUUGCGAUAAUUUUGCGUGAGUUUUUAUACGAUUUUCAUAAAACUUGUUAAAAAGCGUUAAGGUAAUUUAUUGAACAGUUUUUGUUUCGAGUGUUUAAAAAGAAGUAUAUUGUACACAGAGGAAUGUGGUGGACGUAUGGAAUGAAAAUAAAGAAGUGGAACAAAUGCCUAUUUAAUGUGAAAAGAUGGCAGUGAGCAAUAUCUUAUGGACUACGUCUUUAGAAGAUACGAAUAAUGUACAAGAUCUGACUUUGACAUAAUUGACAAGAAAAUGAAGCUGACAUUUACUUUUUACGUUUCUUUUUAAAUAUAAUUAUGAAUAGCAUUUCGCAAUAUUGCUGCUGCAUCUUUCUGAUAUUCGCAUUGUAAACUUUUGCUUUAGGCAGCGAAUUUUCCGAAAUUUGUUACACAAAGGUAUCUAAAUUUAACAAUUCUUAAGCCUCAAUGAAGACCAGUAUCUCGUGAUGGGUUUAGAUGAAAAUUUACCAGUGGCCCUAUUCUGUAAUACUUAACGACAGUUUCGUUAUCGUUAUAUCGCAUAGCUUUUUUUACUAUAUAUAAUAUCUGCAACGCGAAUAUAACGAUAACGAAACUGUCGUUAAGAGUUAUAGAAUCAGCUCCCGGGUCGGAUAAAAAGACAGCAUCGAAAUAGGAGCAUACAAAGUGCAUAAAAGUGUACGACAAACAAUAUUUAUUCAUGCAAAUGUGUUAUACGCAUUGAGAAUGGUAAUCGAUAAAGAUCGCGAUGAAAAAAGUGAUCUAAUCUAACAAAGAAAAGGCGGUUUUGCUUAAAGCGAAGGCCAGAUUCAAAUGUACAAUUUGUGACGUCUCUAACCCACUUCACAGAUACAUUAAAUUUAUGUACGCAUUUGAAAAAUGUUCAACCUAUGUAGAAAGCUAUUUAAAUAUUUAUAUAUGAAUAUAACACGAAAAUGCGACAAAAAAGAAAAACAUUCAAAUGGUGAAAAGAAAUCUGGUUGAUAUUUAAAGCCACGUUAAAAUAGUCUUCCACACGAGCGAUUCAUAUAAAUACGUCACAAAUCAAAUUUUGUUCAGUUCAAUAAAUUUUCUCUAAAUAUCGACAUUAUAUUAAUGUGUUUUCGAUAAUUGUCAUUUAUUUCCAUUUACAAUAAUAAAGAGUGCAGGACGCGAUAGCGGGCCCUCCAGGGCAGUGUAUAAAAUGCUAUUUUAUCUCUUCUCGAUGGGACGGAGGAUUAAAGAGUUAUCGACCAGCUAUAUAUAUAUAUAUAUAUGUAUGCAUGUAUGUAUGUAUGUAUAUACAUAUAUAUAUACUUUCGUCAUUUACUAAUUUUUAGUGUAAGAAAGCUCUAAAACAAGUGUACAUGGCAAACAAGUGUAUAUAAAGAGAUAAUUAUAACGACUGAUUCACGUCGAACGUGGAUCUUCCGCGUAAGGCAGAUAUUGUUUGGAUACUCUGUCGUAGUGAAUAUAGUGUAUUAUUUAUGAAGCGAUAUUUUGUGGUAUUACGAUUUGAAAGACACCUUGCAUUGCGCUAUCGAGAGACUUUGGACUGGUAUAUCUUACUGUUACAAACAAAAAUGAUUCAAGAAAAUGUAGAAGAAAUCCGAGGAUGGAGAAAAAAAUAUGCCUGGCGAUUUAUUAUUUAAAUAAAAACAUUUUUGAGAGCGGUGAUAUUAUUUUAUUUAAUCGACGUUAAACGUUGUCUAAUUUUAGUUUUUACAUUCUAUAUUCUGCGUUAUGUACACAAACGGCCGAUUUAGCGGAUUUAUUGUCCGAAAUAGUAUACUUUUUAUUUUGCGUUUCGUUUUUUAUUUCGUUCACGAGUACGUAAGUUUAAUUAUAUCGAACAAUGCUAUAAUUUGCGGAAGGAUAUGCACAUAUGUAUACGUGCAACGAAGGAAAGUAUACGUCGACUUUACUUUGCGAUUGUUUGCCGCGAACAGAAAAAAGCGUCUGUUGAAAUUUUUUUCAGUUCUUUCAAUGGGAAACGCGUACCAUUUUAUUACUUCGUAAAUCGUGUUGCGUGCGCGAUUUUAUUCCUCUCGAGGUAAACGCAAGAGAUGGCUCCAGUCCAAGACGUAUAAUAUCAUUUUUAAUAUGUUAGAUUAGCACAUUUAUUUGUUAACGUUUGUUAAAACUGUGUAUUAUACUUUAUCACGCUAUCAUUUGUACAUAUAGAGCGUAAGGAAAAUAGGACUAUUAGAUAUUUCAAAAUAAAUUCAUGAUACAAUCAA